AUGCUGAAUCUUUACGCACGACAAAUUGGAACUUGCUUCAGAACAAAUUUUGCUGUGAGUGCUAGCACGCGUACUUCUUUGCAAUUUUGCCUACAAGCGAAGCGUCCUUCAAUUCGUCAAAGCUUCCCAGAGGCGCAGCUGUAUCCGAAUCAAGUCUCUAGACUGUUCUGGAAAAACUCGUUUAGUACAGCAACAGCUACUGACAUGGGGCGUCCAAAGGCUUGGUUCAAGCUGGUGAAUCCGGAAAGUGCCUGGGACAAGGUUCCACUGAUUGAAGUUGAUGAUGGGUGCAAAGAUGUGAACCAGGCAGUGGAAGUAGAUGCAGAAACUAUGCUGGUUUCAAUCCUUAAGGCACAUGAAUUGAUGAAUGAGACUUCAUUCCAAGUGGCUCCAAAUUCAUAUCAAGUGGAU